GUCUAGAAAGGCAGAUCAAGAUACUAAUUACAGAGAAUGAACCGAAAGCAGUGCUAAAGUGUUUGCUCUGCUGUGUGUUCAGGGUGAAUAGUUCUGCCUUUUAGAGGGUCCAUUAAAAUCUAAGUAUGUUAAGUAGAAAUUAUUGUGAUGGCUGUGCUGCUGAGGUCGACAGGAAGUGAGGGACAUCAUCACAGAUGAGAGCACAAAAGAUUAGUGUGCUGAAUUACUCUGUCAGCAGAUAACACCACACAACUGCAGCUGGUCUCACUUAUUUCCAGCACAUGAAGAUAACUGUACUAUCUUGGCUGGAACCAGUUAAGAUGAAACCUGCCUUUCUGUCAGACAUACUACAGAACUGUGCUGUGUACACUGGUGAUUGCCUCCACAAUGGACUGUCCUCCAGAAUGUCCAGAUAGAUUGUCCUUCAGAAUAUGCAGACCAGCACCCCAGCAUGUCUGGGCCAACAGCAGCAGCACUGUGGAUCAUGUAGCACACCUGACCAGCAUGUUGGAACAGGACAACGAGCUACUAUUAUCAAUCCAUUUCAUCAAUGAAGACACCCCAACUCUUAAAAGAAUAGUGCUGGGGCCCCUACACCACCCCAGUCCAGGUCAGUAUUGGUUUCCAAGGCAUUCACCAUCCCAGAACAUUCUGUGGUUACUUCAAGGACAGAGUGUUGAUGUGGUAGAUGAGAAGCUGUUGAUUCCUCCCAGUGCUCUAAUACUUUUCUCUUCAGUUUAUAAUUUAACUGCUAGUGAUUCAGAGCACUUAAAGACUGGUAUUGAAGCCCCAGUGGACAUCGACUGGGGUGUAGCAUUAAAGUUUGAAAAUGCAUUGAGAAGUAUUGAAUUGCAGUUUACAAAGGUGAAAUGGGAUGAACUGUGUCAUUCAGAACUCUACGUGAAUCAACAGAUGACCUCCAAGUAUUCCAUCUCAUCCACGCUCAGGCAUUAACAGUGCUGGCCUAAACUAUCUGUAACAUUAUUGUAUGAUGGCACAGCACUCAAGAUGAAAUCUGGAGGUCAAUCCAUUUAUCUGCAACACUCCAUCAUUAAAAACUUGUUUGGCCUAUGAAUUAUGCUAUCCCUUGGGUUGGAAAAGCUAAACUGUGUGCUACUGUGCGUUAAUACUAUGUAUAAAGACACUGUGAACUGUCUCCAUACGUAUAGUGUUCUUGCAGUUAAUGUAGGAAACUGCAUCAAUAUGGUGUCAAAAGGAUAAGCUGUAGGAAUACCUAUCAGUUUGAGAGAAAUACAUGAUGAAUUUUGU